AUGGCAUCAACAUCAUCAUCAACAACAGCUGAGAUCAUAAGGAUGGUGACGCUGAAAACGAGUGACAACGGAAAAUUCUAUCUUGAAGAGUCAUUGGCCUUUCAGUUUGAACUUAUCAAGAACAUGAUAAAAGAGGAAGGCUUGUCUAUCAUCUCACUUCCUAUCAUGGUCAAUACUGAGGCGCUCAUUAAAAUCAUAGAGUACCUUAAGAAGAAUGCUGAGAUUACUGCCUCGGACGAAGGAUUCAAUAAUUUCAAGAAAGAACAUCUGAAUAUUUGUAUCGCUGAACUUUAUGACAUAUUAGUGUCAGCACAUUACUUGAAGAUAAAGGAUUUGGUGGAUAUUUGUGCCUGGGCUAUUUAUGACAAAAUUAAGAACAAGAGCAUUAAGGCUAUUACAGAGAUGCUUGAAAUUGAAAAUGACUUAACCCCAGUAGAGGAGGCUAAUAUAAAUAAGGAAACUUCUGGGGCCUUUGAAGGUGAUGAGAAUGAUAAUACCAUCAACUAG